AUGGAGACUCCAUAUCAAAAUCAUAUCGCUAAGGCUGACUUUGACCAUGUCUACGAACCAGCUGAAGAUAGUUUUCUACUUAUUGAUGCCUUAGAAAGAGAUUUAGAUUUUUUAAAAGCAAAAAACCCCACUUUUUGUCUUGAAGUCGGAUCAGGCAGCGGAGUUGUAAUCACAGCACUAGGAAUGGCAUUACCCAAUGCAUUCUGUAUAAGCACGGACAUUAAUUUCAAAGCUUGCGAAAUGACUAAAACAACAGCUAAAUAUAAUAAAGUCUUGAUGGAUAGUGUUAACAUGGACCUUGCUGUUUCUUUUGUUAAUAACAAGUUUGAUGUUAUAUUGUUCAAUCCACCAUAUGUUGUGACAGAAACCAGUGAGUGUGGGACGUGUGAUAUAACCGCAAGUUGGGCUGGUGGCGACAAGGGCCGUGAAGUAACCGACAGACUGCUUGACAUGAUACCAAAGAAACUAGCACAGGACGGUAUAUUUUACCUGUUAUUGAUAGAAGAAAACAUUCCAAAUGAAGUGGUUGAAAUCAUGGCAAAAUUUGGAUAUAAAUCGCAACUGAUUGUAAGCAGGAAACUUAGGAAUGAACAGCAACUGGUGAUGAAGUUUUUCAAGUGAGAUUGUUUGUAAAAAAAGUUGAUUAAUUUAUCAAUUAAAUGUAUAUUAAGGUUUAAUAUAAAAGCUAUAUUUCGUUGUGUGGGUUUUACUACUAUUUUAUAUUAAACCAAACUGGUGAUUUAUGGAAACAGUGGUGAGCGAAUUUGUAUCAAAAAACUCAAGAUGGUUCCACUAAAAAAACAAAGGUAAAGAAAUAUUUAUAUUUUUCAGUUAACAAUUGUAAAUAUUGUGAAAAUAUAUGAAUUAAAAAAAACCCUUCACCAAAAAAUUUUAAGUAGCUCUGUGUUUGCACAAAUCACUGCUUUAAGUUCUUCUUUACUGCAUCUCCAAAUUGCUUAGCACCUUCUUGGUUUUCAUCAAAACCUGGUAAUGAAGCACAGUUCUUAUACCAUCUCUGGAUGUUAGGGUAAUUGGUUAAAUCCCAACCAAUAGC